AGUUCGGUUUGGUAUCGCUUGCCAAGAUGAACACACGACCACAGAGAUACUCUGCCAAGCAAGCUUUGGACCUGAUUCAGGAUGCCAAUGAAAUGGAUUCGGGCGAUGAGGAGUUGGAGCUGGAUAUUGAAUUUGAUUCAGCUUCUGAAUCUGAUUCUGAAGUUGAAACUGAGACUGCGACUACGACUGAGUUUGUCUCAGAGAGAGAGGAAAGGGCAAACGAUGGGACAGUUUGGGUCGAACAGACUGCUGGUAAUGCUCUGGGCAGAGCACCAUCCUGCAAUAUCUUACGGGAAAAGGCUGGGCCCACACGGUGCGCCAAGGAGAACAUUGUAAGUCCGCUGAGCAGUCUGCUAUGUCUGAUUGACAUUCUGAUGUGGGGGCAGAUUGUCAAGUAUACUGUGGCAGAAGCCCACAGAAAUGGUGCAGAAAACUGGGACCUGUCAGUCGACGAAUUGAAAGCUUUCGUGGGACUGCUGUAUUUACGAGGCAUCACUGGCGGUAAAAGUAUGAAUUUAGAAGACUUUUGGUCUUCAGACUUGGGAAAUCCAUUUUUCAAUGAAACUAUGUCGCGGCAAAGGUUUCGGGACAUCAUGCGCUAUCUCAGAUUUGAUGACAAGGACACAAGGGCAACACGUCUUGAGAAAGACAAAUUUGCCAUUAUUUCCGAAAUAUGGAGCAAAUUUGUAAGCAACAGUACUGCGUGUUACACACCUGGAGAAAACAUAACUGUUGAUGAGCAGUUGUUCCCAACUAAAGCGCGGUGCCGCUUCACGCAGUACAUUGCUACUAAACCAGAUAAAUUUGGGAUAAAGUUCUGGAUAGCAGCCGACGUUGAAACGAAGUACAUGCUGAACGCUUUCCCAUACCUUGGGAAAGAUGAGGCGAGGCCUGUCGGUGAACGAUUAGCUGACAAUGUGGUCAUGCGCCUUGUGGAACCCUUCGUCGGAAAAGGAAGAAAUAUAACCUCGGACAAUUUCUUCACAUCGAUUGCCCUGGCGAACAAUCUACACGCAAAAAAAACUACAUUGGUGGGUACCAUGAACAAAAAGAGGAGAGAAGUGCCCCCUUCUGCGAAGGCACAAAAUCAAGAGAGAUUUUCCACCACGAUCUGGAGAGCUGGACACGCUACACUUACGGUUUAUCAGUGCAAGCCCAAGAAAAAUGUGUGCAUUUUGAGCACAAUGCACAAAACCGUAUCGAUCGACACUGAUGCCAAAAAACUGCCAGAAACCAUCGCCCAUUACAACGCAACAAAAAUGGGAGUGGAUGUUUUGGACCAGAUGGCACGGCUGUAUUCGGUCAAGGGGGGCAGUCGUCGUUGGCCAGUUGCCGUUUUUUACAACAUUUUGGAUCUGGCUGCAAUCAACGCCCAUGUUUUGUACACGCAAUGCAUGAACAAAACAAUUAGUCGGAGAAGAUUUAUUCUUGAGUUGGCCAAGGAGUUGCGUGCAAAUCACAUGACCGCAAAGGCAGCUCCGCGGCGUACCGUCCUAGCGCCCCUCUGCAGUCCAGAAACCCCCAACACACCACAGCGAGAGCGGUCACUAAAAAGAAAACGCUGCCAGGUAUCCAGAUGUGGAGGGAACAAAACUUGUGAUAUCUGUGACAAGUGUAAACGACUUGUCUGCGGCAAAUGUACAAAAAUGCAACCCAAGCUCUGUCUUGAAUACUAUUGA